UAAAAGUGAAGUGAAGAGAAAAAAAAUGAAAAUUGUGAUUCUAGUACUUUUAUCACUUGUGCUUGUAGGAGCACAUGUAAUAGAUAAUAAGAAAGUUGACAAAACUAGAGAUGAUAACGGUGAAUGGUGGAGAUCUGGUGUGUUUUAUCAAAUCUACCCGAGAAGUUUUAUGGAUAGUGAUGAUACUAGUGAGGGUGAUUUAAGAGGAAUAAUAAACAAGCUUGAGCAUUUAAAAGAACUCGGUGUAACAGGUGCUUGGCUAAAUCCUAUUUUUAAGAGUCCGAUGAAAGACGGUGGCUAUGAUAUUGCUGAUUUCACGAAAAUUCAUGAACGUUUUGGAACGAAUGAGGAUCUAGAAGAACUUUUUGCAAAAGCAAAGGAAUUAGGAUUAAGAAUACUUCUAGACUUGGUCCCGAAUCAUACAUCUGAUCAGCAUGAAUGGUUCCAAAAAUCUGUGAGACGUGAAACUGGUUUUGAAAAUUUCUACGUUUGGAAAAACUGUACAGUAGAAAAUGGAACAAACAUAAUCACUGAAUAUCCUAAUAACUGGUUUAGAAUUGAUGCCAUAAAUCAUAUGUUUGAGACUGAAGGAUUUCCUGAUGAAGAAUAUAUUGACGAAGAUGGAGAUACUACACACUACGACAACUUAAAUCAUACGCACACCCGAGAUUUAGAUGAGUCUUAUGAGGUUAUAUUCAAGUGGAGAAAACUUUUUGAAGAUUACGCUACUGAGAAUGGAAUUGAAAAGAUAUUCAUGAUGACAGAAGCUUAUGCUGAUAUUGAUAAGCAAAUCAAAUGGUACGGGACUGAAGAACAACCGGGAUCUCAUAUGCCCUUCAACUUUGCUUUGAUAUCUAAUUUGGAUAGAUAUUCAACAGCUCAAGAUUUCCAAGAUGCUGUUCACGCAUGGUAUAGUCGAUUACCAUCAUUUGGUGAAGCUAACUGGGUUUUAGGUAAUCAUGACAGACCAAGAAUUGGAUAUAGAUAUGGAGAAGAUCGUCACGAGAGUUUAGCAAUGAUGACUAUGCUGUUACCGGGUAUCAAUGUUGUAUAUUAUGGCGAAGAAAUAUUGAUGACAGACAAUCGUGACAUAACUUGGGAAGAAACCGAUGAUCCAAAUGCAUGUCAAACAAAUGAAACCGUCUUCCAACUUUAUACAAGAGAUCCUGUAAGAACUCCAUUCCAAUGGGAUAACACAACUCAUGCUGGAUUUUCUAAUGCCGAAAAAACUUGGCUUCCAGUUCACAAAAACUAUUUGGAAGUAAACUUGAAAGCACAAAAAGAGGCUGAAAAAAGUACAUUCAAGUUUUAUAAGCAUCUUUUAAGUUUGAGGAAGCAGGACAUUUUCAGAUAUGGAGAAUUUAGAUCAAUGGCAAUAAACAGCCAAGUCUUUGCAUUUGUCAGGAAAUAUGAAUCAGAAAAUCCUGUUGUGGUCUUUAUUAAUCUUGGUGAUCGUGCCGUCCUAAGUGUCAGAAGUAUUUUGAGAACUGACGAAAUACCACCAAAUGCCAUUGGAAGAAUUUUAGCAGCUGUUCACACUUCCAGUUAUGAUAUUGAUGAUUUCUUAAAUCCGGAUCAAUUUGUGUUGGAUAAACAUGAGGCUAUUGCUAUUCAAAUAGAAGAACAAGUUUUGACAACAACUACACAAACUUUGACGACAACUACUUCAAGUAGUGCAUCAACCCUUGCUUUUUCAUUCUUGCUUACUAUCUCUGCUAUUUUCUUAAUUUUAUUUUAA